UUUUUAAACAAGAAGCAUGCCAUUUCGGUGUAGUAUUUCCUUCAACUAUAAUGGUUUUCUUUCCGUGUGAUUGAUUUCAACAUGCCUUCACAUCAGGAUAAAGCGGCUUCCAUUGAUUCAGAAGACUCCCUCGAUGAGAGAGAGCUACACGACUACUAGUAUCCUCCAAGACUGUCUCCGCGAGUCACCGUCACCCAUCACCCCGGCCACGGCCGCCCAGCAUAUCAGCCAACGCCUACUACGCAACGAAAAGGACCUUUCGAAUGCAGAGAACAAUAGCGCAGAGGGCUAUCUCUGGCAAUUAUGGCGCGAUUUCUUCAACGCAGCCGAACAAACGCCCCACGAUCACCCCGGUCAGGACAGACUGGUCCAGGUGAUAGUCGAGCUACAAAAGCUUCCGUCCCGAAGGGUUAGUGUCUGGAACCUGCGAGAUUAUGUUCUCUGGGAAGAACUGCCCAUUCUGGGUCCGAGUCUGCGCGAGGCUUGGAACGCAGGACCGCGAGCUCUUCCCGGGGAAAUCGAAGAAGCAGACGCUAUAGGGUGGCGCCGCCUGAAUUCAUUCACUGCUCGCCUCGUAAACGCAGGAAUUCUCACCAACACAUUACUCGGUUUUUGGUCCAUCCGGGACGCCUUGGAAGAGACGGGCCUUAGCAGGUCUGGUCGAGAAUGCAGUGUAGCUGCGGCAGCGGAGUGGGUUGUGCAUACUCAACGUUUCUUUCUUGAGGAUAUUGCCCGGAUGGAGGCCACGGGUGAAGAAGAUCGGCGUAUGGCGGGCGGGGCAUUGUAUGACGGGCCAAAAAGGCUGUCGGGGGAUCGAUGGCGGUUUUGGAAGCGGCGAUUCGAGGAGCUUGGGGGGCAGCUU